AUGCAGGGGCAGACGAUCGUCUGGUGUAGUUGGACGACCAUCUGCCCCCAACGACCACUCAUGGACGACCGUCUACCCCCAACGAAUACCUUUGGACGACCAUCUGCUCCGAGUGGACGGCCAUCUGGUCCCAACGGACACCCUUGGACGGCCGGCUGGCUAGGUGGACAGUCAUCCGCUUCCCUUUGUUUAGGCUUAGAUUAA